CAGUUGUUGGUGAAGGGAUGGGAAAAAUCUGGCGAUCACAGUGAAGGUGAAGGUGAAUAUGCUGAUGCCAUUGCUGCGCAGGUGCGUCGAUUGGCAAAUGAAGUUCGGCAGUUAACAUCAAGCAGGCCAAUUACAGUACUGAAUGGGGGUUCUGGAGAAAGUAACUUAUCUUCACUUGUGGUUCCAGCAGCUGCAUUGGGUGUUGUGGGUUAUGGUUACAUGUGGUGGAAGGGAAUCUCAUUCUCAGAUCUUAUGUAUGUCACUAAACGUAGAAUGGAAAAAGCUGUUUCAGAUUUGACAAAAAAGCUGCAGCAUGCCUCAGAUGUCAUUGCUGAUGCUAAGAAGCAUUUGACACAGAGGAUCCAACAUUUGGAUGACAAAAUGCUCAAGCAGAAUGAAUUGGCACGGUCAAUUAAGGAUGAAGUUGCUGGGGUUCGAAGUACAAUUACUAAUUUCCAUGAUGACUUGGGAAUCUUGCAUUACACAGUGGGAUCAUUGGAUGAAAGAUUGGCUACACUAAGUGGUAUGCAGGAUGAUGCAAAUCAAGGUUUGGCGUACCUCAUCGACUUCGUACAUGGGAAAACCCGCAAACCACCUGAAUUCUUGCAGGAGCGGCUGAGGAUUUCUGCAAAAUCCCCUAGUGUUCUCACAUAUCAGGGAGCUCCAAGUCUGAUGGGACUCAAAGACAUUGCGGAAACAAUGCGUAGUGAUUUAGACAGGUCAGCCUCAGAUGGCAUGGAUAAGCUAGAGCAUCUGCGAAGGCCAUUGCUGAGGGCUGCUUCAACCAGGUGAUGAUGACAAAGUCUUGGUCACCUAAGCUCACUUGCUGAUAUAUACUCCCUCUGAAUCUACAUAAUAUUGAUACUAGAUUAAGUUUUAUAUUCUAACAACUUAAAUGGUAUUGUCCAAAUUCUUCUACAUUUUCCCCUCAGUUAUAUAAGUAACUUUCUUUUGCAACACAUUUAUCACACAGCUUUAUCUUUUACAUACAACUUUGUCUCCUUAUUUUGUUAUUAUUGAUCCUUGUAGCAAAGAUGUUUGCUGCUUAUUGAAGGUAAAAA